GAACUCGACUUAUCAAUUACCAAAGAAUUAGAACUUGAUUCCACCGCAAAAAUAAUCACGAUAAAUAAUACCACCUCCGAAAAAUCUGCCGGCAUCAAAUCCGUCAAAGAACCCGUGAUUUCGUUAACCCAUAACACCGAUAAAGAACCCGACACUGCCGCAGGAAUAGGUAGAACACCAGAUAUAUCUUCGAAAAUCACGUCCGUCCAGGAACUCGUUUUAUCAAUCUUCAAUGAUGUAGUAUUAGAUUCCGCCGCAAUAAAAUUCUCCUUCCAAGAACCCGCCAUUUCAAUAUUUGAAACUAUUGAUAUCAGAGAACAUGAUAUUAACGAAGAAAACAAUCAAAACCCAGAUAUAUCUUCGGAAAUCACCAAUGAUUUAGAACCCGAUUUCGCCGCAAAAAAAAUCACGAUAAUAAAUACCACAUCCGAAAAAUCUGCCGACAUUACAUCCGUCCAUGAACCC